AUUCAGACUGCUUCUAAAAACAUUUGUGGAACAAUGGGUCGCUCUCAGGAGCUCAGUGAAUUCAAGUGUGGUACCAUGAUAGGUUGCCACCUGUGCAAUAAGUCCAUCCAUGAAAUCUCCUUGCUACUAAAUAUUCCACGGUCAACUGUUGGUGGUAUUAUAACAAAGUGGAAGCAACUGGGAACAACACCAACUCAGCCACCAAGCGAGUGGGGCCAGUGCAGGCUGGAGCACACAGUUGACAACUGUCUGCAGAGUCAAUAGCUAAAGACCUCCAAACUUCUUGCGGCCUUCAGAUUAGCACAACGACAGUGUGUAGAGAGCUUCAUGGAAUGGGGUUUCAUGGC